UUUGGCACGGCUGGUAUUUUAAAAACGUAUAAAGCAGUACCCUAGUACGUACUUUGUUUUCAUAAUAACGUUUGUGUAUUAUUUUCUUGUACACAAAUAAUAAUUAAAUAUGUAGGUUCGUACUUAGUUACCUGUUCACUCCAUCACACUCACUAGUUUUAAUUUUCUGCUUCUUGUUAUAUAAGUGAGAAUCUACAUAAGUUUUAAGGAAAACGAAGUUACUAACUAAAUAAAAAUCACUGCGGCACUAACUGAAAAUUGUUAAUACCUUCAUUAUCUUACACAUAGACGCUUUUUAUUACCUAACAAUUUAAUUUAACAAAUAAAUAAAAGGGCACUAUAACAACAUCAAUCAUUUUGACGUUAACCAAAUAGGUAUUAAUUAAACGCACCUGCUUGUACAAACUUAAGGUUUAAUACAAAUGUUUUAAGUUUUAUCUAAUGAACAAAAGUAAUUUAAUGAAUAAAAUUAUCCUUACUUAUUCAACACAAAUUACCUUUAACUUAACUUACCUACGGCUACCUAUAAAAAUAAAAUAUGUAAUGAAUUGUUCGAAUUUAUUGCAAAACAUGGCAAAUACAUUUAAAAUCGUUUAAAAUUUGGCGCUAUUUUAAUGGCCAGUCCAUCACCUUACCAUACAAGUAAUAAUAACCUCUCACAUAGUUUAUUCCAUUGCCUCAUUGAAUAUAAUUUUAAUUCAUUUAUUUCACACUGGUUCUAUGAUUCAAAAAUAAUCCAUUACAAACUUCAUUCCAAAAUAAGUUUUUAAACAGUGUGUCGUUAGCAGCGCUGUCUGUCUAUAGCUUGUCAAAGUUUUCAGUCGUUUUUCGUCGUUCACUUGUUUUUAAAUGUGGAAACCUAUAAUUUUGGACGUCGAGUGUAUCGUUUGCAACAAAUCGUUGCAAAAGAUCAACCACGUUCCUCGGGACGCAUCGCAAAAAAUGGGCAAGAUAGCUAAGUUAAAUAAUAACGGUCGACUAAGAACCCCUAACUGGUCGCUUGAGGAAAAACAAUACCUACUCGAGUUAAUUAAGCAACGCAAGGAAGUGGUCGUAACAAAAACCAACAAUGGUCCAAAUCACUACGAAGAAAAGGACAUCGCUUGGAAUGAAAUACUACGUGAGUUAGCCGCAAAAUUUGGCUGUAAGUUUACUGGUAGUUCUAUAAAAAAAGUGAAGACUCAGUGGCAGAAUAUGAAGAGAAUAGCUCGCGAAGACGUAGCAUUAAAUGGCCCUCAACUGCAGAAUUACUCCCGGUUGUCACUGGAGGUUUGCAAUAUCUUAGAAUUAUUGAAAGAUGGUGUUUUCAAAGGAGAACAUGAAAAUCUGAAUGAGUCGUCUUCAUCAAUUACUGCUAACAUUGAGAUAAAAACAGAAUGUGUUGAUGAGGAUCUUAGUCAACCAAGUUGCAGUGGCUUGAAUACUACUUCAGCUUCUAUGGAUACCGAUAUGCCUCUAGAUAAAACCAAUUGUACCCAGUUGGAGUCUUCUGCAUCAUCAGUCUCUGAACAGAUAUCAGAAUCAAAUGAUUUUGAUACUCUGGAAGAUAAUGCUGCAAACAAAAGUGUUACAAGAACCAUCUCAACAACAACUAUGACUGAUCCUAUGCCUUUUAAUCAUAUGGAAGAAGCUUUAAAGCUGACUAAUCCCUUUCAUAGGGAGCUACAAGAAUACUUUCAGUAUACUACAGCAGAAAAACAGAUGAAGAUGGAAACAUUAAAAGAAGAGCGUCAGGUAGUAAGAGCUAUGAGAGAGACUGCUGAACUGAAUAAAAUUAUUGCUGAACAAAAACUGAAACAUGUUUUAUGGGCAAAAAAGCAAGAUAUGACGUAAGUUUCCUAUGUUAAACCUAUUAUGUUUCACUUUGUAUAGAAUAAUAAAUUAGAUAUAACAUAACUUUAAAUUAGGUACCAUUUUAGCAAUCAUACAUCUAAUCAUUAGGCUAUUUUAAAUCUGCCGCUUUUUUCUUUGGCCUAUUUAGUCUAUGGUCUUAAUGUCAGAAUGUUGUAACUUGUAAAAAUUACACAAGUUAUUUGGAGAAUCUAGUAAAGAGGGCUUAGAAACCUGUGUUCUAUCUAAACGUUAUUCACAUACUAAAAGAAAAAGAAGAAAGAAAGAUGGAACAAAAAUUUUUUGCCUUAGUAUUUACCUCAAAAUCCAAUGUGUCAAUCUUGGUCUUAGUUCACAUAUUUUAUUAUUUUAGGUAUUCUAUUUUCGGUCGAGUUCAAUGUAACACAACAAUAUCGAUUAAAUAACAGUUCCAGGAAAACAUAGGCUUUUAAAUGAUUUUGUUAAUUAUUGCAUUGUUAAAAAAUGUGCAUUUUAAGACCUAAAUGGCGUCAAUGGUGAAGUCAUUUAUUUCUGUUUAACCUGCCGAUGUAACCUAAAAUUGAAGUUCUAUUAUUUAAAUACCGUAACUUUUAUUAUUUUGCCUAAAUGCUUCGAUAUUAAUCAAUACCUAGUGUUUGUUAUUGAAAACUUCGUAGUUUCAAGACCUGGCUGGCUGCUUCGUUGUUCAUGUCAAACUAUGACAAUGUCACUUGAUAACAAUAAUUCGUGAAUUUUCAAUGAAACGGUUUAUAUAACAUGUCUUGAAUAACUCGAUUACCAUUUAACGUAAAAUUCAUAAUCACAGCUGGCAAUUGGCCAGCGACGGGAUGAUUGAUAUACCUAUGACGGUUAGUACUUAGUAGCACCUCUUAGUUUUUUGUACUCAAUAAUUUACUUUUCUCAAAUUUUUAGAAAUGUUUACAUUACUAAUUACCAUUAUUAAUGCGAUUCCACAGACAUGACAUGUGGGCUUUUAACGUAUUCCAAUGAAAAAAAUUGCUAUUAUUAGACUCUAAAAUGUUACCUAAAACGAGCUUCAGUGGGAUGUAAAAUAUUACCAAGUGGAAUUCCCUUGUUCUAUUUAUUAUCAUUUUUGUUACUUACUAUCAUUGGUAAAUAGAAUUUAGUUUUUGUUGAUUAUUGCAACUACCUAUUCGUAAUUAAAUCGUUGUUAUUUUUGUAAAUCCAAACAAAUUGUCGUAUUUAUUUUUGUUUUUUGUCUGCCUGUCUUUUUAAUAUAUUAUUACGUUUGCUUGAGCGAAUUCAACUAU